UGGACUGUCGGCCGGGAGAAAAGCCAGAGGGAACGGGGGAGCUUCCCCAUCGGCUCCUAUUGGCCAACAACAGUUAAAGGCAUCCUGAUCAUGCAACUAAAAAAAGUGGCUUCCAUUUACUGAUCAAACUCCAAGGAAGAAAGAACGGGCGUUUUAUGGACAGAGACGAAAAUCCAGUGCCUCAAAUCCCAGCGAACUGGGAUGAUUUCUACCAGCGAGAGAAAACGGUUUAUUUUGUUGAAGGAUUCUAACACAAGUGGUUAUUUUACUACACAGAGGCCCGUUUAGUGUUUUUUAAUGCAAAUGUUAAUAUAUUUUUCUCCUUCACGUGUAAUGUGAGAAUGCUGGGGUGCAUGUGUGUGUGUGUGUGUGUGUGUGGUUUAACUGCUCUGUCCAUUCACCCUCAUUUUUUUACGAUCUUUGUCCCGCAGAGACGCUGACAGAGACGGCACAGGAAUGAAAACAAGGUUUCACAAUGAAUGUACGGUAACACGACUCUAAAGCAAGGCCGCUAUAAUUAUAUGACCUGCUUUCGUAGUUUUAGGUGUUGCCUGCUUGUGGUAAAGUACAGCACCGGGGGUGGGGGUUGCAGCAACACCUGCUCGCUACCCAGCUCAUUCUGCACCGUUGUUCGCUUUUUUAUCUCAAACUGGGUCCGAUCCAACCAUUUGUUCGCCGUCAAACCUGGGCGCGUUCUCAGCAGCAUCCAGAGAUUAUACCAAACAUAAGGAGGAGGGGAUCUUUUCUCCCCGCAUGCAAGGCGCGGCGGCCAAUCCAAAGUGUUUCUGUAAACAAUCGUGAACCCGAACGUCUGCUGUGAUGGAGCGCUGACAGCCUGGGAUUACAGUAAACGCCGUUCCGUAGCUCAAUGAGAACAAUAUCGUCAGGCUGCAUGCCAAGUUCUCUAAAUUCUUUUUGUGUUCAGAUCAGUCGAGUUGCCUAAAACAAAGUAGCCGAUGAUUGGAAAUCUGGAACAGAUCUUUUGCGUUCGUGGGAGGAUUGUUUCCACGUGUUCAGUCGUUUAUUAAAAACGACGGAGAGCAUUAAAAUAACAUGAAGCUGAGUGAUCAUGACGAGCAGGUUGCAUUAAAAUGAGUCCAGGUGUUCAGGGGCAAAAUCCACUUUGAUUAAGGGCUCUUUAGCUUGAGAAACUAUAUUUUCCCAUUAACUUUUUCCAUAUUUGUAUCAUUUUAAAUGUCAGCAGUGUGCCCCCCCCCCCCCCCCCCACGACUAAUUACAUGGCUUUCUGCCUCUCACGCAGCCUCUUGUACAGUAGCAUUCCCCUCACACUGUGCUCCUUUGCUUCAGAGCGUGUUCUGAAACCGCUGCAGAGUAGCCGCCUCAAACAUUCCUCCUUGGUAAACAUGGGUGGGGCUCACGGCUCACCCAAGGGCUUGUUCUGUGAAUUUCUGCAGGAUCUCUGUACACAAGCCAUAGAACUCACUGAUGCUCCUGAUGCCUCCUUUACAGAGAAUAAAUGUUUUCUUUUUUAAAAACACGACUCGGUUUGUACUUCAUAUUUGUGCCGAGGGCAUUUUGAUGCUCUGAUUUAUGAAGCCGUGUUCUUCUGAGGAGGAAAAAAAAAUUCUCCUUUGAACUCCAGAAGUCUGCUGUGUUCGCUCAACCAACGCAGCAGUAAUGUUUAAUCAUGGUUACAUAUGUGUUUCAUCAUGCCUCUGCAUGAACACUCACCUACUCUCUCAGCUGCAGUGUGGCUCUGAAUUCUGAUAGCUCUAUUUUUUAAACAUAGCACAAGUAUGCUCUGGAAGUCUGCUUUAUUCACAUUUUAAAUUCUAUCAGCUUUAUCUUUAUUUUCAAGACUAACCACAUUUUAUCAGCUCUUUUCUGUGUUGUACUUUCCUUCAGCAGCCACAGGAGGGCACUGUUUCCCCAACAAUAGAAACGCCUCACCAUCCAAAUGCUAAAGCAAAGGAAUGAAAGUUGUAUUUAUGCAUAAAUUUGUAGCUCAGACACAUUUAAAAUGAGAGAAACAGAAUUAUCUAACUUGGCACGCCUGUAGACGACUGAAAAUCCUCUAUGUGUAAACAGACUAAAUCAGAUAUGCUCUGAUAUUAGUUUAAAGAUUUACUUAUGAAUCUUGCUGUAAAAUUAAUUAUAUUGUGCUUUUAUUUCCCAUCUAACUCCUGGCGUGAUGCCCGAGAAACGCCUGAUGUAUACAUGUAUUAGCUGUUUUUAUGUUUUCAGACGCAUGCAAAACAGAAACGUGCUGAAGGUGACGUUUUCAGUCGUUCACAUGAGACUUGAUCUUUUUAAAAAAAGGGCGCAUGAAAGCGAUUUAAAUACACGUUCGUUAAGCAGAGGCAUACUGAAGCUGCUUCCUGAUUAACAUUUCUGCACUAGAUGGAAAACGAGUUCAUACGUCUGCACAGCUGCCUGUUUUUCUGAAUGACAGAAGAGACGGCGAAGGUGACAGCAUGCUAAUUGUGGGAUCACUUGGCGACUGCCCUGCUUUAAACAGGCCAGGGUUAUGCAAAUAAAGUGGAAUGGUUCUUUUUCUCAACAGCAAGAUCCAGGGAAAAAUGACAGUUUGUUUAGCGCUGGAGAAUUUGAUGUUAAGUCUACUUGGCACCUCACAGUGAGGUUGCAGGUUCGAAUCCUGGCUGUGGCCCUUUUGGAAUAGAGUCGGCAUGCAGUUGUGUUGUAGUCGUAUGUUUAGAUCCUCAGUUUGACAUUGAAAGAGACCAGUCAUCAUAAACAAACACAGGGAGGUGAUUUUUACUGAAUUUGUUAGCAGAGGAAAGAACGAGAGCUCAUAUAGCGCCUCAGGACAAAACCAUGAGUCGCUUCACAAGAACAAAAAUGUACAAAUUAAAAAAUGAUGAAAAAGAAAUAAUUGUGAUUAAAAAAUGUAAGGAAAGUGAGAGAGAAAAUAAAAAAGAGGAAAUCAGUGGAUCCCGGGAAAGGCGGAAUAAGGAGAGGGUGAUCUCAGGCUCAGGGGGAGAGAGUUCCAGAGUCUGGGGGCCACAGCAGCAAAUGAUCUGUCACCUUUGGUCUUUAGCCUGGUGCGCUGCACAACCAGUAGGCUUAGGUCACUGGACCUCGGGGACCUGCUGGGGGUGUAGGGACUAAGAAGAUCACAGAUAUAUGAUGGUGCUUGUUAGGGCUGCAUAAUAUAUCGUAAAUAUAUUGUUAUUGCGAUACCAGCAUGCACAAUAUGCAUAUCGCAAAGAACAGAUAAAUGUCGCAAUGAAUGGUCAGCGCAAAUGUUUGCUACACAACACAUUCUGUCAAACAAAAGCAUGAUGAUUUUUUUAAACAAAUCAAAUGGAGCUCUUCACCCAUUUGGCCAACUGGGUGGGUUCUCAUAGGUCAAAUGCGCUCCCCCGAGGCGGACGGCACUUAAUUUUGAUGGUUAGCAAACACCUGAGUUAGCUUUGUUCUGCUCUUCCUGCUGAUUCUGCUUUUCCCGAGAUCCACUGAUUGCCUUUUCUUGUUUACUUUCUUUUUCUCUUUGCUCAUAUCUUUUGCUUUUCUCAUUUUUAUGAUUUGUCAUUUUUUAAAUUUUUGAUUAUUUUUGUUCCUGCGUUAAGUUUUUAUUUAUCGCAAGUAAUAUCGUCCUCGCAAUAUUAAUCACUGUUAUCGCAUAUCGCAGGUUUUCCCAAUAUUGUGCAGCCCUAGUGCUUGUCCAUGUAAGGCCCUAUAGACCAGAACCAGGAUCUAGAAAUGAACCCUGAAGUUGACUGGCAGCCAGUGAAGCUGGAGGAGAAGCGGGGUGAUGUGGGUGUGUUUGGAGGACUUGGUCAGAAGCCGCGCACAGGCAUUCUGAACCACCUGUAGACGGUUCAGGGAGGUUCUGCUCAGACACGUGAAAAGAGAGUUACAGUAGUCUAAGCGUGAGGAGAUGAAGGUGUGGAGAACUGUCUCAAGUUCAGAGCGGGACAGAAUGGGACUCAGCUUAUCAACGUUCCUGAGAUGGAAGAAGGAAGAGCGAACAAGAGAAGUGACAUUAAGAAUCCAGGGUGAGAGCUGGGUCAAAGGUCACGCCACGAUUCUUGACAGAAGGUUUGGUGUGAGAAGCAAGCUGACCAUGAGAACAAGGGACUGAGACGACAUCCCUGAUGGACCCCUGUGCUCAGUCAAACGGUCUGAUGUCAUUACAUGCAUGCGUGGGUUUUCCUGAUUAUUCUGAUUUCUUCCCACAGACCAAAGACAUGCGUUAGCUUAAUCGGUGAAUCUUACUUGUCCCUAGGAGUGUUUAAUGUCCCUGUGAUGGACUGGAGACCUGUGAUUGCCCAAUGACUGAUGGCUCCAGUUACCCGUAACCCUACAGAGGACAAGUGGUUAAGAAGAAGAUCUCUUAACAUUCAGAAUGAUUGUGGUGGUUUACAGGAAACAAAGAUCACAAUGCUGAAAAACCUGUAAGAUUCAUUUUUAUGCCCUUUUGUAAACCUUCCUCAAGUACUUCAUCUCUUAGCAAACCCACUUAGAAAUGCAACAAGUGGCAGCAGGAUGUGCAUCCAUCAGUAGGACACAGAAACAUGUAAAGCUGUAAAAAAGCCAACAUGCAACUCUCCAAUUUCGGUCUCAUAAAGGUUCUUUUUUCGGAAAGUUGCUUCAUCUAACUUUGCUACAUCAGGGGGAAAUAUUUGACCCGUUGACCCCACAUUUGCUUGUAUAGUCACCGUCCGUGUUACAUUGGUGUUUUGGUUCAAAUUGGGUUAAUCAACUAAAAGAUCUCACACUUUUAGUGUUGAACAACGUAAUUUGGAGAGAAUUUGAAUUAUUUCAGGCCCACUUACCAUUUCAUGUUAAAAUUAUACUUUUAACUGUUAGUGUAUUGCUUUUCUCACUAAUCACAAUAAAAGUGCAAAUAAACAAGCUAAAGAAGAGAUCAUUCAUUCAUUAGGACACAUGGGUGAGGUGACAUUAAAGUGGGCACUCCUCUGCUCUCACAGAAACAUGCAGCGUCUAGCCUACUCAUCCAAACGAGAGGCCAAAUGACUUUAAUUAUGGAGUAAUUGCAGAGUCUUGUGUUAAUUAAAUCUUUAUCACUUCAAGAGAGGAUUGCUCCCACACGGAAGCCGUGCAGCGACGUACAGCCCUGCUCUCUCCCUUCACCGGGCUGCACACUGGAAUGAUUGGAAUUAGCACGAUUUUGGGGAAAAGAGGGAGGAGGGGUGGGUUUCAGCAACCAGCUGUGUUUUAAAAACACCGUAACAAACACGAUAGCACCGAUGUGAGGGAGUGUCCUGCGCUGGAAAAUGAGAUACACAAUUUAUCUGAGGUUCCUGGUGUUUGACAAAAUUGAAUCCUCUCAUUUUAAUUGCUCUCGACUAGGCGUGCUGCUCCAGGCCAUGGAAACGUGAGCUCUGUGUGUCGUCCCUUGUUCUCUACAGACUAUUAUGUUCCAUUGUGCAAAAUACAGAUUAUGAUUUGCCGUGUCCUUGUCAUCUAUCUUAUUUAGGAUCAUUUAGGUAGCCACAUGUUACAAAGGAACAGCAGUCGGCCCUGUUAUUACGUGUGUUUGAAUCCCCCGCCUCUUGUAAUGAGAACAGGAUCACAGAGGAGAAUUAAUCUUUCUGAAGACUUUCUCACCGAUUCAACGCCUCGCUGCAUGUACUAUUUGCAGAAAUAAUAACAGGAUGGUUUGUUUAUUUCACACUUUGAAAAGAACACAAUUGCGAAAAUUGUUCAAAGUAGAGGCUGACCGAUAUCGGCUUUUCUAUUACCGAUGCCGAUAUGAAGAUGGUCAGUUGAUGGCCGAUGUGUGCUGCCGAUUUUCAUGGGCCCAUUUCCACCUUGUUUUCAAGCUAAAAUGUCACUGAUAACAUCGGUUGAUGCACUAAAUCUCUGAAGCUGAACUGUGAAUGUAACCGGCGGAUAUGGUUAGAUCUUAACGUCGUGCACCGCUCAGUGUUAAAGUCAAACAUCUAAAUAAAGCUAAUUUAGAAUAUUUAUUGUGCAGAUGUUAAUAGUGAACAUAACAAUACAUUUAAUUGAAUUCUGCACCAGACUGCCCGAGGAUGUGCCUGACUUUAAAUCAGCUUCACUAAGAACAAAUAUGUAUAAAAAUGGUAAAUAUCGGCCCAAUUUAUCGCUCUACUCCUAGUUCAAAGAUAAUAAAACCUGCUAAAUAUGCAGAAAUGGAUCUUUUGUAUGUUCAUUCUGUGUUUUUCAUCUAACCGAGUCUAACGUUGUGCACACAAGAAAAAGUUGAGGAAACUCCAAAUUGAAGAUUUUUGAAAGUUUUACCUGAAAGCAUCAAUUAAAGAAAUGAAACUGAAGUUAGAGAUUUCAGUCAAAUUAUCGGAGAAAAUGGUUGCAUUUUAUUUUUCUGGCCUCUCAUUUGAAAUUUUUUAAACACUAAAUUAACAGGGUUAUAAAUAUGAAACUCGUUUUUGUUAUAAAUGACAACAUUUAAACGUUGCUAUCUGUUAUUUCUAACAUCUGAAUAAAAUAAUUUUCUAGUUAUUUAGUAUGUUGGAUAAUGAAUAAAUUAACAUGUUUUAUAUAACCGCAAUUAUAAAAAGCACAUUUUAGAUUAAAGCCAGUUUGCUUUUUGGAGGAGGGUUUGAGACUGUCUUUAUUAUGAGCUGAAAUUCUUGUCAUCCAUGUUGUUGAACACAAAAACAGGAACUAAACGUUUGUUUUCCUUCAUCUGCAUGAUGCAAAUGUUCUAAUAUUUGACAUCCUUAUGAUAAAUUGCAACUGUUUGUAAUGGAAAGUCAGCUCAAUGUGGAUGCUCUUUUGCAGGCACAGACAGAGUUUUAAUCUGUCAGUCUGUGCAUUAUGUACAUUUUGGCUUAUGGACUUUGCCCGUGUGCAACUGUUUAUCAGAGAGAGUUUAUGGGGGCAAAGAAUGGGUGUAAUGUGGCUCCGAAGCUGAUUCAAAAGGGCUUAACUGGAUUACACCUCAUUUCAAGGAUGCUUAAGGUAAGAUUAAAACAGAUAUGUGGUAAGCGAAGAAAAACGCAAAAUCAAAUACGUGAGAAUUUUUGCUCCGUCUUGUAAGCCACUUGCAUAUGCAUCGCUCUGCUGUUUCUGUUUGCAAGGCACUGAGUUAGAAAAUAAAUAAAACCGCAGCAACAGAAACACCAGACAGUGUGUCAGUCGUUAGUUUGGGCAAUCUCAACAAAGGAGACACAUAAACAUCUCCCAUAACAGUUUUGCUCCAUUGGACCAUCGCAAUUUGACAUUAAUGGCCCUUUCUUAUCUUUUGCAACAAAUCCCCAGAGCUGGAGCAUUAGAAAUCUCUAAUCACACACACAAACACACGCACACAAUCUGAAAAGAUAAUGGAUUUAAUACCACCGCCAUUACAGUCAACUAAUGUUUGUUAAUAGUGCGGUGCCAUAUGGAAUGAGUGUUUCAAUCAUUUGAGUAAUUCCUCUCUUUGGACAGGCUGUCAAUAAAAGGCCCUGCAUUUUGUGGAUGGUGGUGUGUGUUAAUCCAGCAGGCUCUAAUGACUGCUAUGUGCCUUGAAUAGGAGCUACAGGCCCCGUGGAAGUGCCUACAGCUGUUUUAUCUUCCCUAUCAGAGCUCCACUUUAUAUUAACGCUCUAUACACAUGCUGUACAGUUGUGUAUGCAGUGUGGUGGAAAUGAAAAUGGUGGUUUAGGAGAGGAGAGUUCAUGACGUGCUUGAUUACCUCCCCCCUCUCUCCACAGCAUGCACCUUCCCCCCUAAAAUUCACUCCCAUCUCCUCCCCACGUCCCUCUACCAGCGCUGCAGCCCGGCGGAUAACCAAGCUUGGAUUAGCAGUGACAUCACACCGAAGAGACGGCUGAGCCUCAGUGUGAGGAAGGGAAAUAAGGAUGUCUGCGGAGCAGAGGGGGAGCUGGAUACUAACCGGUGCUGUAGUCGCCUGUGUUACAGCUCUGUAUGUGCCCUGUGUGCAGAAAACUGUUCCCGGUGGAGACUCAGGAGAACUGAUCACCACUGCCUGUGAGCUGGGGGUGGCUCAUCCUCCAGGAUAUCCACUCUUCACCCUCCUAGCUCGUUUCUCCAUGUGUUUGUUGCCCUCUUUCUCACCAGCCCACAGUGUGAACCUGAUGAGCAGCCUGCUGGGGGCUGCAGCUUGUGGGUGCCUCUGCAUAACUGUCUGCAGGAUGACAGGUCCUGGACCAGGAGCGGUCCUGGCUGCAGGACUCUUCGCUGUGUCCCGGCUGAGCUGGCAGUGGUCCAUGGUGGCAGAAGUCUUCUCCCUCAACAACCUCUUCAUUGGACUUCUCUUCUUCUUGACUAGCAGCUUUCAGUGUGCUGAAAACUCCACGCAGAGGAGAAAGAUUGCACGUUGGGGAGCGUUAUGUUGUGGCUUGGGCCUCUGUAACCAGCACACACUGGUUCUGUACGUGAUGGUCAUCAUUCCUUGGAUCUUUUAUCGACUUUAUACUCUAAAGGAGCUGUCUUUUGUGGGCCUCAUUUCUCUGGGAUUGAGUUUCCUUACUGGUUUUCUGCCAUACCUCUACCUGCCAGUCUCAUCCUACCUCAACGCUGCACGCUGGAGCUGGGGGGACCAGACCACCCUGUCGGGUCUGCUGAACCACCUGCUGAGGACUGAGUACGGCACCUUCAGCCUGGCUAAAACAGAAACCUCUGUGAGUCUGAGCUCGAUGCUACAGGCUCAGCUGGACCACUGCCUGCUAGAACUUUCUCCUCCCGCGCUGGUUCUGGCAGGAGCAGGCCUUCUCCUUUCCACGCAGGACAGGAGAUGUAGCUCAGUGACCUGGCUGUUGACUGUCAUGCUGCUGGUUUAUUCUCUGUUCUUUGCCUGGAGAGCCAACCUGGACAUCAGCAGACCGCUGCUGCUCGGAGUGGUCGAGCGUUUUUGGCUGCAGAGUGACGCUGUGGUGUGUGUUCUGGCUGGCCUUGGGGUGAGCUGCUGUCACACCAAGCUGGAGCAGAGGUUUGGACGUGGCGGUGUGUGGAGCACCAUCAGCUGGGUCUUUACUUUAGCUCUUCUAGCACGUAUGGUGCACACCAACCAAAGAAGUUGUGAUCAGAGCAGCAACAGCGUGGUGGAGAAGUUCGGCAGGGAGCUCCUGGCCUCCGUCCCAAAAGACUCUCUCAUCCUGACCAGAGGGGACCUGCCGGGAAACUCUCUGCGUUAUUUACACUACUGCCAGGGCCUACGGGCUGACGUCCGCCUGGUCGACCAGGAGAUGAUGACUUACUCCUGGUAUGUGGCUAAGCUGGCUCAGCACCUCCCCGGAGUCCACUUCCCCGGCCGCUUUUGGGAUCCGGUCCUCUCUGAGAAAAAGAACACCUUCGACUUCAGGCAGUUUCUGCUCCACAACACCCACAGGGACGUGUUCGCCUGCAUCGGGCUGUCUGAUGGAGACUCGAGCUGGGAGCAAAGUUUCACUCGCUGGCCUUGGGGCGUGUGCGACUACCUGGUGCCUGUUCAGAAGCAGUUUCACCCAGAAGAGUGGGCCCAGCGCACUCGCGACAUCUACAACUGGACUGAGCCACACAACAGUUUCCAUCCUGCGUCCUGGGAGCGUGUGGCUAAUGAGGAGAUGUGGCAGGCCAGGAUGAAGACGGCUUUCUUUCUGUUUGACCUGGCGGAGGGGACGCAGGGAGAGGGGAGAGCGCGCCUCUAUGAGCUGUCUUACACCCUGUAUAAGGAAAUCGUGGCAGCCCAUUCAGACUACCCCCCGAACUGGGACAAGAACUUGGCGCUGGCGUGCGAGAGGCUGCUCAGCUCAGGUCACCGAGGCUACAGUCCAGAUGGCCUGCUGGCCUGCAGCAUUCAUCACUUCUCUCUUUACUUGGAGAAGGACCCCACUGAUCCUCAGGCACCGGCCAUACGCUCGGCAGUUUCUCACCUGAUCAAAGAAAGAAACAAACUCCUUCAGAGCCAGAAGAAAUCUCCUGGGUAGGAUUGUGGAAGACCCACAGGGGGCCGGUGCUUCCAGAAUAAAAGACUAACAAGUAUCACCCGUCAUUUAGAAUUUGUUUACUUUUACUCCCAAAGAGCCUUGCUUUUAGUUAUUUUAACAAGGUUCUGUGCUAAUGCCUUUUUUCAGUCCAGUGCCUAAUCAUUUUUAGUCGUCACACACUGGUGGAAUUUGUUCUCUGCAUUUGACCCGUCCCUUGGGGAAACCGCGAGCUGCAGACACGGCUGUGCUCAGGAACUACUUGGAGGUUUCACCCCCCAAUCAGACCCCUUAAUGCCGAGUGUCGAGCAAGGAGGCAUUGGGUCCCAUUUUUAAAGUCAUCGGUAUGACCCGACCAUGGAUUUGAACCCACAAUCUCCCAAUCCCAGGGCGGACACUCAUACCACUAGGCCACUGAGCUAGUUUAACUCUCACUUAUAAAAUGUUCAGACCUGAAAGCCUUUAAAGGAGACAUAUUAUGCAAAACCCACCUUUUACACCUGUUUCUGCUGCUGGGUGGACCUCUGUUAGUCUAAACGUGAAUAAAAACCAUCUCCAUUUUCUGUCAGGUUUUAGAAACAAUGUACCAAAAAUGAGCCGUUUGAAAAAGUUCCCGUUUGUGAUGUCACAAACAAAGAAAUGGACAUAAAACCACCUCUCACCUCUUCAGGCUGGAGGAGCAGCAGCAGCUCUACUCCGAGCCCCUCCUGGAAAUCUGAGCUUCUCCGCCUAUAGCAGCCUGAGCAUGGGAUGGGUGGGCGUGGCCAGCUACAGCGUGUUAUCUUAAUGUGACAGAGCUCCGAAACGGCUCAUUCUGGAAGUUACUGAAAAUAUCAAGAAUAGAAUGACUGAAAUCUCUAUGUGGGGAGGAAUUUAGUGCAAAUAACUUCGUAAACAUGUUUUGUUUGCCCAGUGGGACUUUAAUAAUUUAGGACAAAAUGUCAUAAUGUCUCUUAAAUCAGGUGACUACAACAGAGGAUCAGUUAACUUUUGACAGACCUUCAUUAAUGAAUCUGGCCUCUUGAGUUGAUUAUUGUUACUUUCUUAUAAACCAUUAAAGCUCUAGCCAGCAAAGGUCUAAUAAACAUCUUCAGAAAGCCCACAUAGCGAUUGGUCCAUCUGAGCAGAACGCCGUUAGGGGUGAUUGAAGACGUUUGACUGUGCUUUAAAUUGGAGCCAUCGUGCCUCUUUAGGUGUUUACAGACGACCAACAGAAGGAAAGACGUUGACUGGAAAACCGUUUCUCUCGGCGUGCUCUCCGUAAACUCACCUAUUCACUUGUUCUGACUUUACAUCUCUUCCCUUUCGCCUCUCAAAGCUUUUAUCGUGCAGAUUAUUUUGCCUCAGCCUCUGUUCUUGUCUCUCACAUUAGGAUGCCAAGGCCGAGAUUGAGGGAAACCCAAUUUGGGGGCAGAAAUGGGGGUUUGGGAUUAUAGCGGCUGUUUAAUCUAGGACAGACUUGCACAGUGCCGUGCCACGCAGUCCUCUCUACACAUCACACGCCCGUCACACCCUCCUCUCUAUCCCUCCAUCAGUCUAUCUUGGAUGGUCCUUUAAAUGUUUAAAACUAAUGGAUUUGAUGUGUUUUUUCCUCUCUUCCUUCCUAACAGGAGGGCUAUAAUCCCUCGUGGAUUUAAAUGAAAUGUGAAAUGUCACAAUGCCAGAGACCCUUUUAGAGACGCGCGUGUGUGUGUGUGUGUGUGUGUGUGUGUGUGUAUUUUUGUGUGCACACAUGCUUAAAUCUCCACUCCAGCCUCUUUUUUUCUCUCUCUUCCUCUCAAAGCUGCACAUAAACACGUUUGAUAAACAGAUUGGCACAAUGAGAAGCGAAACGCUUUGAUGGUUAGAAGAGCGCUCGUCCAAACUCUAGUGAUGCACAUAGACUUCCAACUUCCAGGAAGACUGAAUUUUAGGUGGAAAACGAAUCAAGAAGGACCAAACCACACUUUUCUGUUUGAACUAAUUUGUUAUUGUCUCAAGAUCUAAAACUUCAGUCAUGUGGUUUCCUUUAAUAUUUGUGCUAACGAGCCAUAAAACCUGUAAGGUUAACCUAGCCUAGCGUAGCUGCUCUUGGAUAUGUCUUGAAAGUGAAGGACAGGAUGUGUGUCUGGUUUUUCAGAAUAAAAUGUGUCCUGUCUGUUUGCAGGUCUGGUUAACAGCUGUCUACUGAUUGGCUGCUGAGAGCUGAUGUUUUUAUGUUAUAAAAAGAACAAAAAGCUGUCAAAAGAUUAAAAUGUUUCAAUUAAAAAAAAGUUAUUUUUUGA